AUGAUGAUGGAAGGUAUCCAAACGCACCCCUCCAAUGCUGCGCAGGCGAAAGCCUUCACCGCACCCGGCUCGCUCUCCUUCCCGGGAGCCACCAACGAGUUUCCUCCACCGAACAACGGUGGCGAAGCCAACCAGCGAGCCGCCAACGGCCAGCAGGCGGCGAACGGAAAUGGGGUGACUCCCGCCACUCCCGCUGCCACGCCCGCGGCUUCGCAAGGCCCUAGCGGCAUCACUCCUACUCUGCAGAACAUCGUCGCGACUGUCAAUCUUGACUGUCGUCUCGAUCUCAAGACGAUUGCGCUUCACGCCCGUAACGCCGAGUACAACCCCAAGCGUUUCGCCGCUGUCAUCAUGCGUAUCCGCGAGCCCAAGACGACUGCCCUCAUCUUCGCCAGCGGCAAGAUGGUCGUGACUGGUGCCAAGUCCGAGGACGACUCGAAGCUUGCCUCCCGCAAAUAUGCCCGCAUCAUUCAGAAGCUCGGUUUCAACGCCAAGUUUACCGACUUCAAGAUUCAGAACAUUGUCGGAUCUUGCGACAUCAAGUUCCCCAUUCGUCUCGAAGGUCUCGCCUCGCGCCACCACAACUUUAGCUCCUACGAGCCCGAGCUGUUCCCUGGUCUCAUCUACCGCAUGAUCAAGCCCAAGAUUGUGCUCCUGAUCUUCGUCAGCGGCAAAAUCGUCCUCACAGGCGCCAAGGUUCGCGAGGAGAUCUACCAGGCCUUCGAGAUGAUCUACCCGGUGCUGCAAGACUUCCGAAAGGUUUAG